UCCAUUCAGCACUGAAUUCUAUUGCUGAACAUUUAAUUAGGUGGGAUCCCAGUUUCUCUCUGCCUUGGACAAUUUCCCACUUGCAUCAGCUAGAUUAUUCAACUGCAGUCAGGCGCCACUGAUGCAAUGAUGCAUGUUUCACAGUGAUGCCCUAUUCAGAUGAAAUCCCCUGAACUCUACUGCAUAUUGUUCUCUUUAAUACAAUGGCUGUGUUUGCUGUCCUAAGCACUGAGUUACCUCAGAGAACAUGACUGAGAAAAAAACAGAAGUAGGACAGGGGUGGAGGAAUUUACAUCUGGUCCAAGACUACCAGGCACCUAGAGUCACAUUUUCAAAAAUUAACCUCGGAUUUAGGGCACUUUCAGGAGAAGCUGCUGUGCCUACCAUGGAAACUAAUGUGCAAACAGAUAGGAAGACAGGAGACAUCAACAUUGUUUUUGCUUCAGCUUUGAGUCCAGAGGAUGCCCACCAGCACAGUAUGAAGAUCAAUGACGAUGAGUACAAGGUUUUCAAUGAGGUGCUCUCUGAGGGCUCUGCCAUGCUGGGGAAUAACAACAACUCCUGGAAUUCUUCAGCAGAGGAUAACAUAAUGCAACCCAUUAGCAAAUGCCAUGACCAAAAAACUGCAAGUAGUUAUUUAAUGCUGAAUGAGCAGACCGUGUACGAAGAAAUAGCUCCUGGGACAAUGCUUGAGUCAGAGCAGAAGGUAGAUGUCAGGUAUUCUAGGUCUGGGUCUGAUCUCCAAGUACCUGAGAUGCCUGAAGUCUCAUCAAUGAAGCAUAUUACUAUGAUACCAUUGGGUUACCAUUGUGUGGAGAACAAGGGGGAGACCCAAACGUUUCUGGGUUUCAAUGAUACAAUCAAAGCAGACAUUGUGCAUAUUGAUGAUGAUGAUGAUGAAAGAACAUCUCUUCGAGAGAAAACAGUCACAGAUGUAUCCACUAUGGGUGGCAAUGCAGCAGAGCUGGUGUCUGGUCAAUGUCUGCAAAACACCACUGAACUUUCGACUGAAUUGAAAAACGAAACCUUGGAGAAGGAACUUCCAGCUGCGGGCAAUCGAAGGAAUCAGGACUGCCACUGCUGUAAUGUCAUGUGAUCUUUUUUUCCCACACCUGGAGCAAACUUAGGUACUGCUAAUAUAAAUGCCUUCUUUGCUACUAACAAAUCCCUCACGAGUCCUUGACCACGGUUUUUUCGCUCAUCUAUUUUUUAAAGGCUACACUCUUCCAUAACUAUAACUGUAGAGCGACGGUUUUGGGAAGGGAAACUAGUUCAGUAAUCACUGCAAGGUCAUGGUGGUCUAAAGAGUUUUUAUUUUUCUUCAAAUGGGAAUGGGGAUAAAGAAUACACUGUGAGCUGUACAGAAAGCGAUUCAGUUACUGUAUGUAAUGCAUUUCACAGUUCAGUGUGGUGAAUAACAAUAGCAAUUUAGAUUUUAUUCAUAAAGAUGCAAUCCAUCUGAUGUGAUGCAGAUCUCAUCCUUUUUUUAAUAAAAUGAAAGGACAGGCAAUGUAAUAUACUUCUGGUUGUUAAAAGAUUAUGCAAUAUUUAGCCUCAAACAUACAGUAUAUACAUACAUAUUUGCCUUUGCCAUAUGGAUAUCAUCUUCUGGCAAUAUACUGUAUGUCUUCACAAGUAGUUUUGAUGUUGAUGUCCAACAUGUGUCCAUUAUACCAUUUUACCUUUCUGUACUGAGGGGUUCCUUUUUUGCUGUUGAAGGGUGAAAGUCUUUUCUACCUAUAUAGAUGUGUAUUUAAUUGAAGAAAGCUUCUAGUCUUUAAAAGAUGUGGGUUUGGCUGCAUGAUGUAUGACUACGAUUAUUAUUAUUACUGUUAUUUAGAUUUUCCAUCUUAUUAACUUUUUAACUGGCUUAUUUUCAUUUGAGAGUUUUAUUUUAUCAUAAUUGUACACAAAAGAUAUAGUUUGUAUCUAGUACUUACAGUUUCCACGUAUCACUUAUGCACUUUGACUUUAUUGGAACCAAGUCCGAAGCAGCCCUCUGUCUGAAAUAUUACAUUCUGAGGUACCAGAAGAUGAAUGUGCAAUAAUAAUUUUCCAAGUCAAAUCGUAACAUCACUCACAUUCAUUCACAACGCAUUCUAAGCAGCAGAACAUGAAUGGACAAACUUACAGUAAGAAAAGCUGUUAAUCCUUGAUUUAGACGUCUAAAAAAAGUUUAUCUGAAUGGACUAAUAAUUAAAUCAUGACAGAACUAAAAAUAAGGAAAAAGGCUUGAAUAGACAUAAUAUGUAUUUUUUCAACAUUGAAAUAGCAACAUUGUGGUCAUCAAAAACAUUCUUGAAAUCUAAACGAUGUAGAACCUGUCCCCCAGUUGCUUUUUUUCUCUCUCAACUGCAAAACUUUCUUAUCCACUGUUCAUGUUUUGUUUUAAGACAUGUAUUUAAAAAGUACUCUAUUUGAAAAAUUAUAUGUGGAGUAUAUGAAAUUACAUAAAAACUAUAUC